AUGAUGGACAGAAGAAUCAGUAUUGUCUCAGCAACUGUUGUUUCUCAACAACCUAUUCCUUUCCAACCAUCUGAACCAGAGUUAUUCUUACCAAACAAUAAUAAUAACAAUGGUUACAACCUUGUCAACACCACAACCAUUGUCGAUUCUAGUUCAUCACCACCACCCAAUAAUAAUAAUAACCGUAACUACCACUCCAACCACAUUCCCAUUCAACAACAACAACAACAACAACAACAACGAACUACGACAACAACAAACAACUCCAUCAUGUCACUGAACCAACCUUCUCAGCCAACAUACAACCAACAAGCUCAUCUUCAAGAUCCUUCAAGAUCCCACUUUUCACUUGUUUCAAGUCAAUCGGUUCAUCCUUCCAUUCCUCAACCUUUCACUCCUCCCAAGCAGCAACAUCUCUAUUCCUCUCCUUCUUCCUCCAAUUCUUCAUCUUCUUACAACAAUCCUUCCAUGGUGGUUCAUUCAAAUCAUCAACAACACUUUAACAAUUAUCAAUUUCCACCUCAGCAACAACAUAAUCAUUCUCCCUUCUCUUCCAAACCACAACAUGUAAAUAAUAACAGUUACACCAAUAAUCUUGUGGACACAUCUCAAAAGAUACUGCCUUCGAUUUCAGAAUGGUUCCGAGGUGAUAGUACAGGUAUGACUGAGAUGUCACCAAUGUCGAUGACACCCUCUUUCGACACCAUGCCACAAGAAGCAUCUUCUCCACCAAAUGUGUCAUUUUCUUCCUCCAUUCUCGUGGCUUUGAAUCAAAAGAAUGUCACUCAACACUCCACUCAUUCCCAACCAUCAUCCGAACUACAACCACAUCCAUCUGUUGCAUGCGAAUUUCGGCUGAAUUCACAAUCAGCAGUGAAUGUUUCACCUCAACCAACAACUGUUUCACAAUUCGUUCAAAAUCACAGCAACAUUCCUCAUUCUCACCAUGUGCAUGAGAAAUCAACUCGAAUUGUGCAAUCUAAGUCUCUUUUAAGAACAAACUCAGACUCUAGUGGAUGCUCAAUGUCACCAAAGAAUUCUUCUUCAUCUGCUCACGGUGACUUUAAUACACAGUCCUUAAUAAGUACAAACCACCAAACUCAUCAAUCUGUCAUCAAUCAAAAUGUAUGUCCAGCUGAGAAUGUACGAAAGCCAAACAGGGGAAAGGCUCCCAAUAGACAAUCUAAUUUCAAUUCUGCUCAAUCUGGAGAAAGCCACAAUACAACGCAAACAAACACAUGCUCCAACAACAAUCAUCAAGCGAGCACUUCUUGCCAAGACCAACAACAUUCAUCAACGAUAAAUGUUAUGAAGAACAACAGUAACCACAUGGAUACUUCACACUCUUCGCCGAUAGUGAAGGUAGCAACAACGACCUCUGCUGUGGUAGAGACAACAACUCGACACGAGAAGCGUCACAAUAACAACCAGACGCAACAAGAUCACACUAAUAACAAAAAAGACAAUAUUGUGUUAGUGGUUGAAAAUGUAGAAAGUAUAAAGCAAUACAUUGCAGAGAAGGAAAUGGCUCAACAACACUACUCCACCAGUGGUGGACAUCAUUCUCGAAGAAUUUCAGCAAAAGAAGUGUGGAACUCGAUCGCUGCUGCCACCGCUGCUAACAAUGGCAAGUUUCUUAAUGAAAAUAAGAUUAAGAAACAAUCCAAGAUGAAACACAGUAGAGCUAACUCUCCAAUGAGCUUGGGAGGUGGUUCUUCAGCAUCUCCUUCCAUUCUUGAGAGACGAUUCAGUAAUGUUUCACUCUUUGAAAAACUUUCAUUGGAAGAUGUAGAUAUGAAGACAAGUGUCACAUCGUCGACUUCUCAAGAUCACAACAUGAUGAAUAAUAUUCACAACAGUAAUAAUGGAAUGAACAAUAAUAACUUACAAGGUCACAACAACCAGGUCUCAACGGGUCCAUUCAUCACUCCCAAUGCCUAUCCAUCACAAAUGCAACAUCUUCAUCCAUCUCAAGCACUACAGUUACCCAUUCCACAAACAAACAAUAACACCACAACAUCCAAUGUCCACUUAUUAGGAAAUGAAUUUGUGGACUUUUCUAAGGGCGAACAUGAAAUUCAAAAGAAAACUCGAGGAGAAAAAGUAUACAAAUUUAAAAUGAUAAAAUUUUAA